CGCAGGUUUUCCGGUGCCUUAGUUACGGAACAAGAUGGCGUUGCGGCACAGCGUCGGAGACACUACCCCCUUCCUGACCCAGGCGGAUGACACGGAGGAGGACAGGUCCAGGGUCCCGGAUGGCCAGGCGGCGGAUGAUGAAGAGGAAGAUGCAGGGGGCGGGGAGGGAGACGUGCACCACCUGACGGGAAUCUCAUACCGCCAUUCCCUCGCCAUCGUGCUAAUUCUCUUCUACGUCAACCUCCUGAACUACAUGGACCGGUUCACAGUCGCCGGGGUGCUCCCCAAUAUUGAGAAAGCUUUUGGCAUCAACGACAGCCAAUCGGGAUUGGUGCAGACAGUAUUUAUUGGCAGUUAUAUGGUGCUGGCGCCUGUAUUCGGUUAUCUGGGUGACCGCCACAACAGGAAGUACAUCAUGUGUUUCGGCAUUUCCUUUUGGUCCAUCGUGACCCUCUGUAGCUCCUUCAUACCCAAACAGCAUUACGCCCUGUUCCUUCUCACACGAGGUCUGGUUGGGGUCGGAGAGGCCAGUUAUUCCACCAUCGCCCCCACCAUCAUCGCCGACCUCUUCGUGGCAGACCAGCGCAGCCGAAUGCUCUCCAUCUUCUACUUCGCCAUCCCCGUCGGCUGCGGCCUCGGCUACAUUGCGGGGUCACAGGUGACAAGCGCAGCGGGAGGAGACUGGCACUGGGCGCUACGGGUAACCCCGGGACUCGGCCUGAUAGCGGUCCUGAUGCUGAUCUUCUUUGUGAAGGAGCCUCCUAGGGGCGCAGUGGAGAGGAAAUCUGACCUAUCUCUCACCCACACUUCAUGGGCGGCCGAUGUCAAGGAGCUGCUGAAAAU